AAAGUGAAAGAAGUCAAAGAUGUUGACUUAAAUCACAUAAGAAAUCCGAACAAAUGUCGACUUCACCAACCGCCAUGGCCACAAACGACAACGGCGGCAAAAGCCCAUCGUUACACCCUAUUCACCCCCACCACUGCGGCGGCGGCGGCCACCACCAUUACUUUUACGUAUCGCCUCACUGCCCACUCCACCGCCCUAUUCUGCAACCAAUCAACCACACUCCUUCGUGCUCUCUCUCCACCCCAGCCCCCAUCGCUUCAAUUCCGAUCAAUCCACAUCUCACUACGCAUCCCGAUCAGAUAUCCAAUGAUGCAAGGAUUAUUGAUAAUGAAAUAGAGAAUCUUGAAGAUGAGAAUGAGGAGGAAGAAGAAGAUCCCAUUUUCGUUCUAACCGAUGAAUGGAGGGAAUUCUUUGCAAAAUCUGAGGCCAAAAGGAAGCUAGCGAAGAAGCAAGCUAAGAAGGGGAAGAAGUAGAAACUCAGUGCAUUUUUGGAAAACAACAAAAUUUUUGAAGCUCAGUUAACAGAGAUGAUGAUGAGUUCAGAAUCAAGAUUCAUCUUCAAUCUUGCUACAUCAAGUGAUUACUUGUCUUUCUGAGUUUCUAUUCAUGUUUCAAGCCGGGAUUUUUAGUCUUUCUUCUACCUUAAUAUUACCAAACUUUUAUCCCUUGUGGAUUACAUACCAGUUUAUUUUCGUCUUGUCUGAACACAAGCAUGAAUAAAACACUAUAAAAGUUAUGCCUUUUUUGAUCAGAAAA